AUGCGGGCUCUCGGCUGCUCCUCUCCGCCUUCCCUCUCGCUCUUGGCUCCUCCGACCUCUUCAUCCCCCAUCUUCCCCCGCGAUCCUCCGCCCCUGCUCUGCCGCUCCAAAGAACCCUGUUCUUAUCCUGCGCAAGCGACGAUCCUCACACCUCCAAAGAGGCUGUCGUUCGAGAAUUCAACCCUGUUCCGUAAGCACUCUACCCGUCUCGCGGUCAUCUUGUCAUGUACAAUCACACUCUUCCUUGUCGCUGACGCCAUCUCUGACUCUUCCCGCCAGUCCUUGGCCGAGGCCACGUCCUACGGCUUCCACAUCUUCGACGGGCUAUCCAGCGCACACAACAAUCGAUCGACGGCCCGCUGCAUUACCUUCCAUCGUCCGUCGCGCAUCUCCUUUGCCCCGCCCCAUGAGGUUCCUCGCGAAACGACCGCAGCCUUCCAACCUCGUCGUCCGUCGCUCAAUCUCGCCGUUCGUCACUUACGUCGCCGCCUAGACCACGACACGCCUUUCGACGCACGCGCCGGCCUUCUCACUGCCCCCGGCCUCUUCCUUCCAGCCGCCCUGUCGCCCUCGCUCCACAGCGAAACGGGGAACCGGGUCUGCGAACGAGAACGGGCCUACGAAUCCCGCGCGUCUCACGGCUCCGUUCGCUUCUCCCUUUAUACGUCUUCGAGCCUCGAAUCUCGACAAUCCAGCCUUCGAAGCGCGAGCAACGGCGCGUCACACCGUGCGACCUCCGGGCAGGGGCGCAAGAUAUGGAUCUCCACGAUCGACGACAUCAAGGAUCGGGAGAAUGCACUCAGUAGAUGGAACAACCUGCCAUCCAAGACAGCCAACUGCAUAGUAGGCAUACUUACACUUGACGCCCCUCUGUACAACUGGCUAUCUUAG